AUGAAGAUAAUGUUCAACUUUUUGUCGAAAUUUCACAAACGGGUCAAGUAUAAAAUACGGAAACGAUGGCAAUUGUUUCACGCCACGGAUUUUCAAUCCUUAAUGUAUCCUUGCUUUACCUUUUGCUAUAUUCUCGGAAUAUGUCCAUACAAGAUUAACGCUUCCAUUUUUGAAUCUUCAAAAUCGCGCUACGUCGUGUCGAUUGUGCUUGUCUGCGUUUGCUGUGUUUUUAAUCUAACAGUUAUCUACAAUAUUAUGUUAAUAUCCAACUUUAAUGAGGAGAUCCGUAAUCUUGAAGCUAUCAGUUUCCAUAUUCUUAAUAAUUUUGUUAUGAUCAUCACGCUUAUUUUGAGCGGUCCGCGAAUGCGCUUGUUGCAGACUAUUAUGGAAAUCUCUUCGAAAUUACCUUCGAAAUCAUAUCAAAAGUUAUCCAAAUUAAUCCAUGUCAAAGAUAUCUUUGGUACCAUAUUCUUAGUCGUGCAGCUGUGUGUAUAUAUUUUUCAAAAGCAACUGGUUAAACUAGACUGUAUGUCAAUUGUGUGGCUACUAUUACUUUUAUACCAAAUACUUCUGGAAUUCGAGAUAAAUAUGUUGUAUAUAAAUUGUGUAUGUGUAUUGAAGGCCUGUUUCAAGAGAAUUGAUGAGAAUGUAGCAUACUUGCAAAAAAUUGUAAUAAAGCCAUGUGUACCCACGUUGGUCUGCCAAAUGCAAAAAAAUCAAUUUUUAAUAAUAGAACUCAGAGGCUUGAAAAAGCAACAUCUGGUUAUUAGUGUUACAGUGCAAAUGUUGAAUGUUAUCUUCAGCUUGCAACUUCUCGCUACUGUAGUCCUAACUUUUUCUGUCAUCACUUUUGAAAUUUAUUCUUACGUAGUGAAUUGGCAAGAUGGGAUAUUAAUUAACAUUGAUAUGCAGUUAAUGUUUGCACUUUUUACGUCAAUAGGACAUUACAUUAUAAAAAUAAUGUUGAUCGUAUGGGCUUGCGAGACUAAUAAAAAUCAAGCCCAAGAGAUCACUAUUACAAUUCAUGAUUUACUUAACAGCACUAAUGAUGAACAGAUAAAAAAUGAGUUGCAGCUGUUUUCUUUACAAAUAUUGCAUAGCAAAAAUGUAUUUUCGACCAAAGGUAUAACUGUGGAUGCUAAGCUUCUCGCAAUAAUAGUAGGUAAUAUUACCACGUACCUAAUAAUUUUAAUACAAUUUUUAAACAUAUUUCAUUCUUGUGAUGGAAAGACAGCAAUUAAUGUUACACAAUCUAAAUAA